CAAACAAAAUGGAGAUAUUAGUAAAGUAAUCUUAAAGUGUUCAACAGCAAUCAGUAGUACUUAUUAUUUGGAGGACAAGAGCUGUACUUAGAUUCUAUUGAAAUCGCCUAUUCUUGACAGAUUUUAAGGUUGGAGAAAAUAGUAAAACUUUUGAUGAAAAACAGCUCAAAUUACUCCCUUUAAACAGGGAACAAUUGGUGUGUGGAAGAAAUGGGGCAAUUGAUUUUUUAUUUAAAAGAUUUAAAAAUUAUAUUGCACUAAGUGGGAAUCUAGCAGCCUUGAAAAUAAGUUAUUUCCAAGAAUCAUCUGCAACUAUCCUAUAAAUUGGCUUUAAGUGGUAUUUAAGUAGCUUUUAAUACAAGCAUUAUGUAGAAGUCUGCCUCAAAAUGAGCUUGUCUCCAAAUAAGUCAGCUUCGUGGCAAAAGGAAUAAAGGAAGGAGGGAUGGAGAGGGUAUACAAAGGGAAGAUAUGGUUUUCAUUGGCUUUUGCUAUGCAGGCAAAUAUGAAGUCAGAAAUAGUGACAGAAUCCAGUCUUCAUACCCUGCAGGCUGUGUGGUCAGUUAUUUAAUCUUUCUCAGGUUUAUUAGGAGAUGAGUACAUGCCUAAGGAUGCCGUGUGGGAGGACACCACCAGCUAUAGGUUCUCCAGAAAGCUUUGGGGCCUCAGGCAGAGCUGCGGGAUUGACAGACAGGCAGCCUAAAUCGAAUUACUCCUCUUGGACUGAAACAAUGCACUAGAUUCUGCCCAACGCCAGACUUCCCUAUGCCCGCAUUACUUGUGUGGUGCUGGGGCAACUCAGAACCCACCUGCCCCAGCAUUCCGAGCAGUUGCUGGGCGUUGUCACCUCCUCACUUGCUUGUAGACUCUUCCUCUACAGGCCAUCAUGGAGCAGUAGCACAUUUCCAAGGUGCUCACCUAGGACACACCUGCCUAGGAGUUUUGGCUCCAUAGAAAAAGCUCUUCAUCUGGACUCGAUGGAACAUACACAGUCUUCACCAGCAGCUGGGGAUGAAACUAAGAGGCAGUUGCCAGCACUGGAAAACAUCUCUCAGCACACACUGAUUGCAGCAUUGAAGGCAAAUAUUAGGAUGGGUGAACAAGGAUUGGGUCUCAUAAUCAUACAGAAUGGGCCAUAUCUCCAGAUAACAAGCCUUGUUGAGAAAAGCUCUGCAGCUAACAAUGGAAAGCUGAAACCAGGUGAUGUUCUAAUAAAAAUUGGACAUGCUAAUGUUUUAGGAUGGACUCUGCGAGAGCUUAGGCAACUCCUGCACAAUAUUCCUAUAGGAACUACUCUACAAAUCAGAGUUUACAGAGAUUUUGUUGAAGUACCUCAACACUGGCAAAGUGCAGUUGAAUUAAUUCCUGAAGUAAAGCUUCCUGUGAUGACAGCAGACACGAGCGAAGACACCGAGGACGAAGACGACACUGGGUCCAGUAGCGAUGAUGAUGUAGACUUGGAAACUUUUCACUAUAAAUCUUCCCAGCCAUACUGUUGUGAGUUCACUCAUAAGUUACCAUCAAUACCCAAAAUUUGGCAGAUAUCCGAUACAGGCCAGACACUUAGAGUAGGCACAGACACUGGUUGUGAUGCUGUACUUCACGAUGAUGUUGACGCAUUGUGCAAUCGUAAGUUUGAUGCUAGUGGUGUUAGACCUCCUUCAUACCGGGCUAUGGAAAACGAGACCAGUUCCUAUUCCCCCUGCCCUUCUGUAUCAGAUACAUCCUAUUUGGAAGGAUUUGCCCUUGUUUCAGAAUAGCUCAAAACUUCUUCAAAACCUAGAUUUCUGAAGUUUUAUCUGUUUUCUUUUAAUAUAUGCCUAGGCUUCAAAAAAAUCUAAAUGUCCUAAGAUAUUUGAAAUCAUAUAUUAGCUAUAUAAAGCUGUUUUAGCAAUGCCUUCCCGCCCCUCAAAGAUGUCUAUCAAUGCUACUUGUAGAGAAGACGUUCAGAAACAUGAGCUCUGCUAGCCCCAGACAAGCAGCAGUUGCAAGCUCUAAGAAGGUCUUAUGUUCAUCUUUGUUUGAAGGUAAGUUUCUUCAUUUACUUGAUCUAAGGAUCAUGGAGUUAGUUUAUCAAGAACUUCCUGAACGUACAAGAAUACAUGGACAACUAGUGGCAAUUACAGUAUUUGUCUGCAUCACAGUAAUAAUUUUUGAUAUAACUAUUUUUUACAUCGACUAAAAGUCACCUUAUUUUCUCA